AGCUCUUUGGGCUUCGACACCAAUCAGCCAACUCUCGUUAACCUCUCGGUUCCUGCGACCCAUCCCCUCUUGGCCACUUUGAAUCCUCUUCCUGCAGCGGCGGUGCGGCUGAGGCGAUCAAAUUAGUAGCAGAACGAUGGCGAGGACGAAGAGGACGAAGAGGUCAAAGAAGAAGCCGGAGGCCACCUCCUCGGCUCCUCCACUGGCUUCGAAAAGUCUGAAUAGGGCGAGGAAGAGGGCGAGGAAGAAGGUGAAGAAGUUGGGAGAAGGUGAGGAUUCGGCUCUGCCUCCACAGCCAGAAUCUGAGGCUAAUUGUACUGAUGCUACACCAGCUGUGACGCCGGGAGAAAAUCCCGCUGAUACUAACACUGGUACUGAUGGUGCACCGGAGGAUAACAAGCAGCAGCCUGCUGAGAAGAGUUCAGGGUUCAUCUUCAUGUGUAACUCCAGGACGAAGCCUGAGUGCUAUCGGUACCGCGUGUUUGGAUUGCCCCCGGGCAAGAAGGAGAGUGUGGAAAAGAUAAAACCCGGGACCAAGCUCUUUCUUUAUGAUUUUGACUUGAAGGUUCUUUAUGGUGUGUACCAGGCGGACUCUCAAGGAGCCUUGGACCUGGAACCCGAUGCAUUUGGAGGGAGAUUUACAGCUCAGGUGAAAUUCAAGAUUGAUAGGGACUGCUUACCUCUUCCUGAAGCUACAUUCAAACAUGCCAUUCAAGAGAACUAUUUCUCCAAGGGCAAGUUUAGCCCAGAGCUUAAUCCCAAGCAGGUACAUGAAUUGUUGUCAUUAUUCCGUUCUGUUCCUUCUCCACUUCCGCAGACACCUGCUUCUCAAUAUGUUCACAGACAGCGCUCCCCAACUCAUCAUUUACCUCCUCCGGAGCCUUACAUGCCAAGCUACAUGGCACAUCCUACAUCUCCUGAGCUGCGAUACAUUUCUCAAGUUUCUCCUGUCGGUGAUCCUUAUGCAAAUGCUCCAGUAAUUCCACAGAACCCUCAGCAUCUCCCACUAUCAACUAGGCCGACCUCUUUUCCAUAUUAUAGGGCACUUCCCCCUAAUCCAUAUUAUCCUGCACCUCCAGUCAAUGUAUAUUACCCGCCACCUCCAACUGAACCACGCUAUCUGGGACAUCAAUCUCAGCCUCCAUAUCAUGUUGCUGUGCCACUUUACUAUCCAGAAAAUGCUAUUCCAAAUGCACGAAUUCGUUACAGGUUAGUACCCGAGAUAAUUCCAGAUGAUCGCCCUUCUACAAGAGAGGGAGAACUUGCUCCCCAGGCUGUUCACGGCAGUGAGCCCUACAACCCUGACCACGCUACCAUUCCAGCAAUACAGCAGCCUGGUCGCGAGUUUCCUACCGCACAAGGAUCAGCCACUUUCCCUUCACUUUAUUCAUAUGCAAGCGCUAUACCUUGGCAUCAGUGACUUUAUCCUCGACUAAUGCUUUCUAUCGGAUUCGCUUUCGUACGAAGCACUUGAAUCCCGUUUUGUGUCUCCUUUGGAACAAACCAAGUGUACUAAACUAGUGAAAUUAGUGAUGUUUUUAGAACUACUCUAGUCGUAAGCAAAUGUGACUUUAUUACGAUUUCUCCUGUGUUUUUUGCAAAUAAUCUUUACCCAUGUCUCUACUA